AUGACACUUCGUCAUGUUCACGUCUCGUUUCAAUCGCGCCUGCUUUCUGUUAUACAUACAUCUCCAAUUUUUAUCAAUACUACAUCAUCUAAGGUAAAUUGUCAGCGUUUGCAUCAUGCGUUCAAGCCGCCAUUUCUACCAUGUACAAGUCAACUUGGCUCCACACGAACGAAGGUGAGCGAGCGUGCAUUGCGUCGCAAAAAUCUUCGCAAGAUGAAAAAUGAAAAACACGGUAAGAUACCAAUGCUUAAGGAAACAUUGCGCAAGCUUUAUCUACGCACACAUCCCGACCUGUUUGGGCGGUAUCCAAAUCAACAGCGUGCGAACGAAGAAUCAUACAAGGAAUUACUGGGAAUUCUGGAUGCGAUCGAAAAACACAACGAAUUUCCUCCAGCCAAGACGUUGAGCCUUCCAUUUUUCUUAAAGACGCCAGUGGAGGGUGAGUUUCAAGAGGUAAAGUUACGGCUUCGCACAACGGGUGGUGCAUGUAAUACUCUGGUGGAGGAGGCGCUAGGUCGAUUUUUUGGUGAAUGCAGUCUACCAGAGGUUUUUCAAUGGGGAGAAGGUAGUUGGGGCAAAG